AUGGAGCCCGAGCUGGCGGCUCAGAAGCAGCCCCGGCCGCGGAGGAGAAGCCGCCGGGCCUCUGGGCUGAGCGCGGAGGGCGCCGCGGGGCCUGCGGCCGACACCCCGGGGCAGGGGCCGGGGCCGGGGCCGGGACCCGGGCCGGAGGAGAGAUACACCCUUCGGAGAGGUAGUUCCUUCACAUUUUUAACACCUGGCACCCACUGGGACUUCACUUUGAAAAGAAAACGAAGAGAGAAAGAUGAUGAUGUUGUAAGCCUCAGCAGCCUUGAUCUGAAGGAGCCAAGCAAUAAAAGAGUCCGACCUCUAGCUCGGGUCACGUCCUUGGCAAACUUAAUCUCUCCUGUAAGAAAUGGAGCGGUCAGACGGUUUGGUCAAACAAUACAGUCAUUUACGCUUCGUGGCGACCACAGAUCCCCAGCCUCUGCCCAGAAGCCAUUCAGCAGGUCGGCAGCGCCGACGCCUGCCAAAAGAAGGAGCAGCGUGCUGUGGUCCGAGAUGCUGGACGUCAGCACCAAGGAGUCGCUGACCACCAGGGAGAUCAAGCGUCAGGAGGCAAUAUAUGAAAUGUCCCGAGGGGAGCAAGAUUUAAUUGAAGAUCUCAAGCUUGCAAGAAAGGCCUACCACGACCCCAUGUUAAAGUUGUCAAUCAUGUCAGAAGAAGAACUCACACACAUAUUUGGUGAUCUGGACUCGUACAUACCUCUGCAUGAAGAUUUGUUGGCAAGAAUAGGAGAAGCAACCAAGCCUGACGGGACAGUGGAGCAGAUCGGUCACAUUCUGGUAAACUGGCUACCAGGCUUGAACGCCUACAAAGGGUACUGCAGCAACCAGCUGGCAGCCAAAGCUCUGCUUGACCAAAAGAAACAGGAUCCAAGAGUCCAGGACUUCCUCCAGCGAUGUCUCGAGUCUCCCUUCAGUCGAAAACUAGAUCUUUGGAGCUUCCUAGAUAUCCCUCGAAGCCGCCUAGUCAAAUACCCUUUACUAUUGAAGGAAAUUCUUAGACAUACUCCCAAAGACCACCCUGACGUCCAGCUUCUAGAGGACGCUGUAUUGAUAAUACAAGGAGUCCUCUCUGACAUCAACUUGAAGAAAGGCGAAUCCGAGUGCCAGUACUACAUCGACAAGCUGGAGUAUCUGGACGAAAAGCAGAGGGACCCUAGAAUUGAAGCGAGCAAGGUCUUGCUGUGCCACGGGGAGCUGAAGAACAAAAGCGGACACAAACUUUACAUUUUCCUGUUUCAAGACAUCUUGGUUCUGACCCGGCCCGUCACUCGGAAUGAGCGGCACUCCUAUCAGGUGUACCGGCAGCCCAUCCCCGUCCAAGAGCUGGUCUUGGAAGACCUGCAGGAUGGAGAUGUGCGAAUGGGAGGGUCCUUCCGGGGGGCUUUCAGCAACUCAGACAAAGCUAAAAAUAUCUUUAGAGUUCGCUUCCAAGACCCCUCUCCGGGCCAGUCUCACACUCUGCAAGCCAACGACGUGUUCCACAAGCAGCAGUGGUUCAACUGUAUCCGAGCCGCCAUCGCGCCGUUCCAGCCCGCGGCCGGCCCGCCCGAGCUGCAGGGCCUGCCCGAGCUCCACGAGGAGCGCGAGGAGAAUAGCCCUUGCGCCGGGAACCUCGGAGCCCACAGGAGGGUGUCCGCCGUCUCCGGCGUUACUCAGGCAGAAGUGGACGAGAACGUUCCAGAGUGCGGCCCCGGCGGGCAGGCGGCAGAAGACGCCAGGAGCGAGAAGGCGCACCACACGCGGCCCGGCUUCCACAGAGCCCGCGGCAAAGCCCAGUCGAGCGGCAAGCGGAAAGAGACUGUGGUGUAGAGGAAGCCGAGUGUGGCCAGGACUGUUUAUUUAUAAAUGUGUACAGUUUUGUUUCUCUCGUGAUGCGAGCGUCCGUAGGGUUGCUCUCCAC